GAUUAUGCUUAGCCUGUAGUACCAUCUCAAAUAUUAACAAGCAAUCCUUUUCUCUGAGAGAGUUGGAUUUUCAAAUCCAAUUCUGAACAAAUUUCACCACCAUCUUCUAGCACUUAACAACGAAAGACAGGAAAACUACAUCCAACCACAGAUAUAAUCUGAAUUUUAAACAGAUUCUAAAUUGAUUAAGUUCAGACUGAUUUCUGCAAGAUACAAAAUAGUUCCUUUAUUAUUCACAAUAAUUUAAGGACCUACAGAAACUCUGCAUCAUAUCGAAGUUAUUUUUAAUUUGGUAUCUAAAAAGUUUAAUAUUAUUUGUUUUGAUUUGUAUUGCGAAUUAAUUUAUUAGUUGGAAAAGAAGUAGAGUUAAUAAUUUAUUCGAAUCAGGAAACAUGUCAUAUCCACCUAUAUAUACGCCUUCUUUUUUCGCCCCCGGCAACAACGGAUCUGGCAACGGGAAUGGAAACAACAGAGGCGACAUGCACUCCCACUUACCCCCUAGUGGGAUGGGGGAGAGGGGAGGAGGGGGCUUGAAUGACGGCAGUAUACACGGAAGUAUCGGUGGUGGUGGUGGCGGUGCUGGUAGUAUAUUCGGGGCAGUCACUACAAACAACAAUGGCAUCACAACUAUGAACACAGGCAUUGGGGGAGUGUUCACCGACUCCAUAUUCAAUGCAUUCGCCCCUACCCCCUCUGAUCCUAUCAUGAUGGCCCCCGGAGGUAAUGGAUCCUCCCGAAACAGCAUGGUUGGUGGACCCAGGAAAGGGUCGGAUUCGAACCAGUCUCUUCACUCUGGAUCCACUGGAUACCCUGGAGGGGGUGAUGCAUUCCAGCAGCAGUCGGGCGGAGGACCCCCUAACAACAACAAUGCCCAACAGAGGGGCGGCGGAUACUCUCAGCAUUCGGGAACUCCUUCCAGCCCUGGCGACGGAGUGUUCACGUGUCUCACCAGGCCAGACCAGGGGCGGGAGGGCAGACCAAUCUACUUGCGGGCGAAUCAUUUCAAGAUCAAACUGCCAAACAUUGACAUUUUCCACUAUGAUGUGACCAUCACUCCUGAGAAGUGUCCUCGCAGAGUGAACAGGGAGGUGAUAGACACCAUGUUCAGGGCCAACCCACAGACGUUCCAGAGCAACCACAAGCCAGUCUACGAUGGAAGGAAGAACCUCUACUCCAAACAGCCACUAGUCAACAACUUCGAAGGACCAUUGGAGGUGGACGUGACUCUUCCCAGUGACGAGAGUAGGGAGCGUGUGUUCAAAGUGAUCCUGCAGUAUGUAACCAGAGUGAGUCUGGGUCUGCUGGACCAGGUGCUGGAGAGGAAGAACCAACUGCCCCCCACCGAGUCCAUCCAGGCACUCGAUGUCAUCAUGCGACACUUCCCCUCCAUCAACUACACGCCAGUGGGUCGUUCCUUCUUCUCUCCCCCCAAGGACUACUACCACCCUCUGGGAGGGGGAAGGGAGGUGUGGUUUGGGUUCCACCAGAGUGUGAGGCCCUCCCACUGGAAGAUGAUGUUGAACAUAGAUGCCUCGGCCACUGCAUUCUACAAACAGCAAAGUGUCAUCGAUUUUCUCGUAGAGGUGUUGGAUCUGAAGGAGAGUCAAGGACAGGAACUGAGCAGACAGCUGAGUGACUCACACAGAGUCAAGUUCACCAAAGAGAUCAAAGGACUGAAAGUGGAGAUCACACAUGGCGGUACUCAGAAGAGGAAGUACCGAGUGUGUAAUGUGACUAGGAGGACAGCCCAGCAGCAGACAUUCCCACUCCUCCUCCCAAAUGGACAGUCGAUGGAGUGCACGGUGGCCAAGUACUUCAAGGACAAGUACUCCAUCAACCUCAAAUAUCCGCAGCUGCCGUGUCUGCAAGUGGGCCAGGAGAGCAAACAUACGUUCCUGCCACUGGAACUGUGCAAUAUAGUGGGAGGCCAGAGGUGUAUUAAGAAACUGACAGACAUGCAGACAUCCACCAUGAUUAAAGCUACUGCCAGAUCAGCCCCCGACAGAGAGAACGAGAUAUCUACUCUGAUCAGGAAUGCCGGCUUUGAUAGGGACCACUACCUGCAUGACUUCGGAAUCACCAUAGUGAACGAAAUGGUCAAAGUGCCAGGCAGGAUACUAAACCCACCCAAACUGCAAUACGGAGGCAGAACUAGACAGCAGGCAGUGCCUACUCAAGGUGUAUGGGAUAUGAGAGGCAAGCAGUUCCAUCUGGGAGUGACCAUCAGAUGCUGGGCCAUAGCCUGUUUCGCACCCACUAGACAGUGCAAGGAGGACGCCCUGCGCAACUUCGCCGACCAACUCGGUCGUAUCUCGAAUGACGCUGGCAUGCCCAUCAUCUCUCAGCCCUGCUUCUGCAUGUAUGCCACUGGGGCUGACCAGGUGGAAGCCAUGUUUAAACAUCUGGCAGACAAGUACAAGGACCUCCAGCUGAUCAUAGUGGUGCUGCCUGGAAAGACACCUGUGUAUGCUGAAGUAAAACGUGUGGGCGACACAGUACUCGGACUAGCCACUCAGUGCAUUCAAGUGAAGAAUGUGAACAAAACGUCCCCCCAAACACUCUCCAAUCUGUGUCUGAAGAUCAAUGUGAAGCUAGGAGGCGUGAACAACAUCCUAGUGCCCAAUAUCAGACCAAAAGUGUUCAAUGAGCCUGUGAUGUUUCUGGGGGCUGACAUUACUCACCCGCCUGCUGGCGAUGAGAAGAAGCCAUCUAUUGCUGCGGUCGUGGGGUCAAUGGACGCCCACCCAUCCCGAUACGCGGCAGUCGUGCGUGUGCAGUCCCACAGACAGGAAGUGAUAGGUGACUUGUCUACUAUGAUCAGGGAACUGCUGAUCCAGUUCUACAGGAACACCAGAUUCAAGCCACUCAGACUCAUCAUGUACAGGACAGGUGUGAGCGAAGGACAGUUCCAACAGGUGUUGGUGCAUGAGUUGAAGGCUAUCAGGGAGGCGUGUGUGAGGCUGGAGGUGGGAUACCAGCCGGGCAUCACUUUUGUGGUGGUGCAGAAGAGACAUCACACCAGACUGUUCUGCGCCGACAAAAAGGAGCAGAUAGGGAAGAGUGGCAACAUCCCAGCUGGGACUACAGUGGACAGUGUCAUCACACACCCCACCGAGUACGACUUCUACCUCUGCUCACACGCAGGCAUACAGGGCACGUCGCGUCCCUCGCACUACCACGUGUUGUGGGAUGACAACAACUUCGUCUCAGAUGACAUCCAGACCCUCACCUACCAACUGUGUCACACCUAUGUCAGAUGCACUAGGAGUGUCUCCAUCCCAGCCCCCGCCUACUACGCCCAUCUGGUGGCCUUCAGAGCCAGAUACCACCUCAUCGACAAAGACCACGACAGUGGCAACGGGAGUCAUUCAUCUACACACGGGGAAGAGCAGAGUCUCAUCUCCAUGUCCAAGUGUGUCACAGUACACCAGGACACCCAGAAGGUCAUGUACUUCGCCUAAGAGAGACACGACAACAACGAUGACACAUGACACGAAAACAAGUAAACCGGACAACAAUAGAAAGUGACGACAGCUACGAGAACACAUGGGAGCUUACUUGAAAACAUAUGAAAACAAAAAAACGAUCUGGAAGAGAACAUCAGUUAAGGGCGAGUUACAACAACAACAACGAGAACGUACCAGCGUUACAGCAGUGCGUACCAUCGAAAGAUGUCCACCGUUACUUUUUACUGGAAACAAUCCUGGCAUUUAGAGAGAGAAAGUGGAGAAAAAGACAAUUUUAAGAAAAUGCGGAGCUGCAGUCAUUAAACUAUGUUUUGCUGUCAAACUGAUAAUUGUCGGCAAAUAUUUUUGUAAAUUCAUUUUGCUUUAUAUUGACAUCGUUGUAAAUAACUUAAAGAAUAAGAAGAUAAAUUGAUUACAAAAUAUCCACAAAUAUUGAUAUAGAAGCUAUUACACUAUGUCAAAUAUCGUUCCUGUUUGGUGCCGACUUAGCCGUUCUUUUGCUCUGUUUCUGAUCAAAUUCCUGCAAUUUUACAUGUUGUUUCUCAGUUUUAAAGCACUUUGUUUAUUUCUAUUUCUGUCAUUUAUGUAAUAGAUAGAUCUAUAUGUUAAUAGUCCAUACUUCUCGCUAAAAAUAAUCUAGUUUUUCCUUAUGUUGGGUCAAACUGCAGUAUAGCUGACUUAAUGUUCUAAUCUUAUCCAAUCCAAUCAAUCACUGAGCAUACUUUAAUUUAUCAUCGAAGGGUACAAGUGUGAUCGAGGGGUUCCUAAAUUUUGAUGGAUCCCUAAUUGCAAACAAGUCUAAUAUUGCAGAACAUUC